AUGCUCAUACUGCGAGAGCAAAACCAGUAUCCUCAGCAGAUCUUGAGGGGCUUUAUACAGGCUAUCGAGCACCACAAGGAUCUUGUGAACGAUCUGCGCUUCUGCUCUUUCGUAUGCGCUGUACAGAUGGUCCGUUGGAUUGAGAGCACUGCUUUCGAAAAUUGGGGCCGUAUACGAGCUAUUGAGCUUGCGACUGGACACGGCGCAUGGCAUGAGAGGGACCGCGACUCUCUUCCAAGUACCGAUGAUUUAGUCACUGAAUCCAAAGAACUAGGCUCCGUACUGACAGUACUCGCAAAUGUCUUUCGGCACGCUUGCAUUGCGAGGGACAUUCUCAACGAUCUGGCAUCAGCCCAACAGUCAUCAGCCCACCAACUAGUAGCUGCGCAAUUCUCGGACACUACAAGCACUUCAGCCCCCUUGGAUGACAUCCUUGCUGCCGCAUUGCUUCUGGAAGGCCAGACGAAAUCGGGGGAGUUGCAGGCAGGCUAUCUUCAAGAGCGUGGCCGGACACAACAGGCUGUAAUCUUCAACUUGCUCACACGCGAGGAUGCGAAAAGUAGUCAGGAUGUCGCAAUAGCAGCACGAAAGGACAGUUACUCGAUGAAAACCAUCGCGGUUACGACUAUGAUCUUUCUGCCUCCAACGUUCUUCGCUACCCUAUUUGCUAUGCCUGUACUGGAUUGGAACGGACCGAGGGUUAUGCAACGAAGCUUUGGGAUCUACUGGGCAAUCUGUUUGCCGACUACUGCAGCGGUACUUUUGGUUUGGCAUUGGAUGUCAUCCGAGAAGACGAUCUUCGCCAAGGCAUGGACGUGGAUCAAACAUGGAAGGCACGACAGCGACACGGAGUCUGGAUCUGACGAAGUCGGAAGGAAGAGGGAAAUUAAACAGAAAGCCAAGAUGCCUCUCAUCGCGCAGAACCCCAAAGACCGAGUCAUCCUCGGAUUGAUGACAUUCGGUCCCGACGAGACCAGCGGCGCGCGCAUCACAGAAUUCGAUGAAUUUACUAAGCAUCUCGACUACUUCCAGUCCCAGGGCUACGAUGAGAUCGACACGGCGCGCAUGUACGUUGGCGGCAUGCAAGAGGCAUGGACGCGCCAGGCGGGGUGGAAGGACCGCGGCUUUACUCUCGCCACCAAGGUGUAUCCUUAUGAGGCUGGCGUUCACAAGCCCGACAGGCUGAAGGAGCAUUUCGAGACUAGUCUCAAAGAAUUGGGCGCAGACUGUGUGGACAUCUUCUAUCUGCACGCGCCGGACCAUUCCGUGCCAUUUGAGGAGACACUCGGUGCUGUGAAUGAGCUGCACAAGCAGGGCAAGUUCGUCAACUUGGGUCUUUCGAACUUCGCUGCGUGGGAGGUUGCGGAGGUGUACAACAUCUGCAAGGAGCGGGGCUGGGUAAAGCCGACCAUCUACCAGGCCAUGUACAACGCGAUCACUCGCGCCAUCGAACCCGAGCUCAUACCAGCGUGCCGCAAAUACGGCAUCGAUAUCGUCAUCUACAACCCUCUAGCCGGCGGUCUCUUCUCCGGCAAGAUCAAAUCCAAAGACAUCAAGCCCGACGAAGGCCGUUUUGGCACGAAAGCAGACCGCGUUGGAAGCAUGUACCGUGACCGCUAUUUCAAAGACGCCACUUUCCAGGCUCUGAAGAUUGCUGAAGAUGCUGCGCAGAAGCACGACCUAACCCUGCUCGAAAUUGCGCUGCGAUGGUGUAUCCACCACUCCGAACUGAAGACCCGAGUCAAGGGAGGCAACGACGGUGUGAUCAUUGGUGUUAGCAGCUUGAAGCAGUUGGAGGGCAAUCUUGCGGAUUUGGAAAAGGGCCCGCUACCUGAAGAUGUGGUGAAGGCGUUGGAUGAGGCUUGGAUGGCUGCUAAGGCUACGGCGCCGACUUACUUCCGGUAG